GGAUGUACUCACAUGUGUUUAAAUUGUGUGGAUUAAGAUUAAUUUUAAAAUAUCAAAUCUGCAUAAUGAAAUAAGUAAUAUUGUUCUUAGUAAUAAAAUAAAUCAAUUUAACUUUGAUUACACUUAGUGAGUGUUGAAAUAGUAUUUAAUUGAUCACUUUUUCUAAGUAUUCCAUAUGGAUUACUCGGUAGGAAGCUUAGCAGACUUAAUAAGUGGUUCUAACACCCCAAAUAAACCAAGGGUAAUUAAAAAAGCGGUUAAAAAAAAUAAUCAAGUUAGUAAAAUACAAGAGAGUACUAACUUGGAUAAAACUACCACGAAAAAAUUUAAAAAAGGUAAUACCAGACCGAAACAAAAAUUUAGUAAGCCCAUUCAAAAUAAACUGACAGAAAGUCCUGAUUCUACUAAUAACAAAUUAACUGAAGGUAAAAAAAGAGUGAAAAAUAGGAAAAGGAAAUUACAACUUGAUGCAAGUGAUUCUACCAAUGAAGCUUUUCCUCUGAAAAAGCAAAAGGUAAAUAAAAAUGAGCAAAAUGCAGAAAGACGUGUGAAGAAUAAGAUUAAGGGAGAAAACAAAGUUCAAGAUCCUGCCGAGUUAGAAAGAACAAUAUUUGUUGGUAAUGUACCCAUUACAUGUGAAAAAAAGAAAAUCAAAAAUCAUUUUAAAAAAUAUGGUAAAAUAGAGACUAUAAGAAUUAGAGGAAUACCUGUAGCUGAUUUAAAGACUUCUAAAAAGGUUGCUGCUAUAAAGAAAGAAUUUAAUCCCAAUAGAAGUAAUGUUUAUUGUUUUAUCAGAUUUGCAGACAAGGAAUCGGCAUUAAAGGCAGAAGCUGAAAAUGGUUCAUUGUUUGAAGAACAUCAUUUGAGAGUACAUUCCUGUACAACAGAAGAGAAACCAGAUGAAACUAAAGCUAUUUUUGUUGGAAAUUUAAGUUUCAAUGCUAUUGAAGAUGAUUUAUGGAAACUCUUUGAAUCUUGUGGUCCAAUUUCUUAUGUUAGAAUUGUUAGAGACCAUUACACGGGAAUGGGCAAAGGAUUUGGUUAUGUAAACUUCCUUGAUUCUGAUGCAGUACAGUUAGCACUUGAAAUGGAAAACGUGAAACUCAAUGAUAGAGAACUGCGUAUUUCUCUCUGUAAUUUGAAUUCAGCAAGGAAAAACAAGAAGAAGAAAAAUAAUAAGAAGGCUACCCAACCUGGAGAAAAGAAACUAAAAAACAAGACUAACAGGCGAUCAGAUAAAGUGGCAAAUGAGCCUGAAAAUAAAGUGAAACAGAUAAAUGCUGAAUUUCAGGGAGCAAAAUUUAGCGAUAAGAAAAAACGUAAGGUUAACAAAGGAUUGUUAGAGAAAAAGAAGUUGGUGAAGAAAAUUGCUCCGAAACCUAAAUAAUAAGUAGAUGAAAUUAUUCUCUUAGGAUUGUUUUUUGAAUAUUCAUAAAAUACAUUAUAUGUAUUUCUGAAAAUAUACCUUUAAUUA